GAAAAAAUUCCCCAAGUUGAGCUCUGCGAUUUCUACUAUCUAUCUUUCUAUCUGGUUAGAUCAAUGUUGCAUGCUGCAUCUGCUUCAAGCUUUUGUUUAACCCCCACCAGUAACCUUCGUUAUCCUCGCUAUUUGAAAAAGCCUUCGGUUAGAACAAGUUUUUCUGUUUGUUGUUCGGUAUCAGAGACAAAGAAUGGUGCUAAAGUGGAAUAUACUCCUUGGCUCAUUGUUGGCUUGGGCAACCCCGGAAACAAAUAUCAUGGCACUAGGCACAAUGUUGGAUUUGAAAUAAUUGAUAGUCUCUCUCAAGCAGAAGGGAUUCCCAUGAAUGCAAUACAGUCUAAAGCCUUGAUUGGAAUAGGUUCUAUUGGAGAAGUACCAGUUUUGUUGGCAAAGCCCCAAACAUACAUGAGUUUUUGUGGGGAAUCGGUGGGGCCUCUUGCUGCAUAUUAUCGAGUACCCUUGCGUCAUAUUCUACCAGUUUACGAUGAAACAAGCCUUCCAAAUGGUGUUUUAAGGCUUCAACCUAAAGGCGGACAUGGGCAUCACAAUGGAUUGAAAAACGUGAUGGACCAUUUGGAUAGUUCCCGUGAUUUUCCUCGACUUGCAAUUGGAAUUGGAAAUCCUCCUGGAACUAUGGAUUUAAAAGCUUAUCUUUUACAAAAGUUCAGUUCAGUGGAACGAAAGCAGAUUGAUGCUUCAUUGGAGCAAGGAGUUGCUGCCGUAAGGACCCUAGUGCUGAAUGGGUUUGACCAUCAAGUCAGUAGAUUCAAUUUAGGGCAAAAAUACAAGUACCAUAAAGUUUAAUAUAUGACUUAAAUGAACAGCCAGUUUUGGCAUAGAUGAAAUCCAAUGGUUUAUAUUGCUGUGAAUGCUAGCAAUUUUACCUCAACAAACUUGUCAUGACCAAUGCAUUGUUGUAAAGCACACUAGUGGUGGUCAUAUUCUGGCUCUGACAGAUGGCUGCUUCAUGGUGAGAAAAAUAUGUUGUGGUUUGAAUCAGUCCACAACAAAAGGUAGCGAGUGUAGAAGCAACCUUUGCCCUUGGGCACCUCUGCUAAUUUGCAAAGCUAAAUAAUAAUGGAUGAACAAGAGAGGCCCCAAACAAACAU